CAACAUCUACACGGAUAGCAGGUAUGCUUUUGCCACAGCCCAUGUCCAUGGGGCCAUAUAUCAACACAGGGGUCUACUGACAUCAGGAGGAAAAGAAAUUUAAAACAAAGAAGAAAUACUGGCUCUGCUGAAGGUCCUCCAUGACCCUGCCAAGGUAAGCAUCAUCCACUGUCCUAGUCACCAGAAGGGAGAUACUGUGAUAGCAAGGGGCAACAACAUGGAGGUCCAAGAGGCACGAGUGGUUGCAGCCAUGACCCUGCCGGUGCUCCUGACAACAGAGCUCGAAAAAACCAGUCCCCCAGUUUACCUACACAGCAGAAGAGUUAGCUCUCAUUUCCAACGAUUCCAGUCACCAGUUCAACAAAAAUAAGAGACUGUGGUACACCACCGGGGGAAAGAAAAUCCUGCCACAAAGACAAGCAGAGGCUAUGAUCAAACAGAUGCACCAGUGGACUCACUUAGGGGUAAGAAAGCUCAUUCAGACAUUCUCCAAGACUAAGUACCAUGUACCAGGGUUAAAACACCUUGUGGAGCAGGUGGUGCACAGUGUCUGACGCACCACGAUGGAUCCAGGAAAGAGGUACCAAGGAGACAGACCCGGCAUCUACUGGGAGGUAGACUUUACUGAGGUACCUUUUCCUCCUGUAGCCUGGACACCUGGUGAGCUGACACCUAGACCUAGCAGCUGCCAUGGGCACCCCAGACAGAGAAUGCUUCAUUGAGACUGUGGCUGAGUACCUCCUGGAUGUGAUAAGCACAGAGGACCUGCAGCUCCUGCUGACAGAAGAGGAAACCUGGAAACACUUUGUGGCAGAAGUUGAUUUGUCCAGGGAAGAGGAAACUGCCUUGCGAGAAGCUCUUGCAGAGAUCUUUUCAGAUCCUGAUGGAGAAGAUGAAGAUGAGCUCCAAAAUGACCUGCAGGACAAGAACGAGAGGAAAGAGGAAGAUGCCUUGAGUGAAGCCCUGGGUAAGACCGUAGCUGAUACUGAUGCAGAAGAUGAAGAAGAGAUCCAAAAUGACCCGUGGCACAAGGAACGGUUCUUGGAUGCUUAUCCUCGGGUGAAACUGGAGCUUGAGGAGAGCAUCAGGAUGCUCCACGCCCUGGCAGACAAGGUUGACAAGGUGCACAGGGACUGCACCAUCUCACGGGUGGUGGCCAGCUCCAGCAGUGCUGUGUCUGGAGUCCUGACCAUCCUUGGUCUGUCUCUGGCACCUGUGACAGCAGGAGUCAGUCUGGCAUUGUCAGCCACUGGCUUGGGGCUGGGGGCAGCAGCGGCUGUGACUAGUGUUUCCACAAGCAUUGUGGAAAAGGUAAGUGUGGUGUCUGCUGAAGCUAAAGCCAGCAAGUUGGUACCAACCAACAAAGACACAAUGAAGGGCAUGAAAGAAGUUUUGGAUCAGAGUGGUCCCAGACUUCUUUUCUUAUCCAUGAAUUCCUUCAAGAAACUGAAAAACAUCAAGAAUAAUAUUCAUGCCAUCAAACUGACCAAAGCCAACCCUAGCCUAGUAACUAAUGCUAAGCGCCUCAUGACCACAGGAAAGACAACAACAGAAACCACUAAACAAGUGAAGGAAGCCUUUGGAGGUACUGCUCUGGCAAUGACCAAAGGAGCCCGGAUCAUGGGUGCAGCCACCACAGGUUUCUUCCUCCUGCUGGAUAUAGUUAGCUUUGUAGGAGACUCAAAGCAUUUGCAUGAAGGAGCAAAGGCUGAGUCUGCUGCAGAGCUGCGGCAUCAGGCUCAGGACCCAGAACAGAAGUUACAGGAGCUCAUUCGGGUCCAUGACAGCCUGAUUCAGUGACCAUUUCCCCUUCAGUGUAGUGCAGAGGACUGGGGGAGGGAAUGUGCUGGACAGAGCCAUGCACACAUGGGAGUCCCUGACUGUAUCCCUUCUAGGCUCUAUACAGCCUUGCAGUUCAGCCAAGUGGACAAUCGCGGUGACCGUUCACGCCUCCCUUCUGCCUGCUGCCCUACUUUUGCCUAUGACUCAUUCAGAGCUAUGCAAGGAAAAAAUGUAGACUUUUUUUAAGAACUCUGGAAACUUUGUGGGUGGAUUCAUAGAGUUAACCUUCUCCAUCACUGGCUAUAGUGUAGGGAUGGCCUUGUUCCAUUGCCAUCCAGAAGAUGGUGAAGGGAAGAAUUGUAAUAUCCAAAAUUAAUUCAAGACCACCCAGUACCUUCCCCCUUCGAAAAGGACUUUCCAAACUAUACUAACAGGCUAAGUGCAAAGCCAUUUAAGGAAGCUGGCUGACUAAACAAAUGUAAAAACAGUUUUAGCAGUCGAAAUGACUGAGCCUACAAGCUGCCAAAACAAUAUUAGCUUUUCUCAGAGAAAUAACCAUAACAAGAUAGCAGCUCCCAGAGGAAUCCCCCUACCCCUCCCCACACUGAAUUCUGACAAAGACCAUAAACCACCCUGACCUUGUUGCAAGAAUUCCCCUGACGUUAAUAGCUGUGAUGUUAAUAGCUGACCCAUAAGUUCAAAAUGUAUUAUUACUUUGCUGACCAAAUCAUAAUA